AUGAACCACCUCGGGCAGUACUCUCUCCCGCCGCCCUUCCACGACUUCAACCUCCACCAACACUUCCACCACGGCGGCGACAGCGGCGGCCCGGACGAAACCCUUGGGGCCCACACGGAUGGCGGGGAGGUUCUCUCGUCGCCGGCGGAGGCCCACCGGAGGCCUAGGGGCCGGCCGUCGGGCUCCAAGAACAAGCCGAAGCCGCCCAUCGUCAUCGCGGCCAGGGACAGCGCCAGCGCCUUCCGGACCCACGUCAUGGAGGUCCCCGACGGUUAUGACGUGGCCGCCUGCGUGGCCGCCUACGCCGCCCGCCGCCAGCGAGGUGUAUGCGUCAUGAGCGCCACCGGUGCCGUCUCCGGCGCCACCCUCCGCCAUCCGGACGGUGGUGUCGCCCUCCGGGGGAGGUUCGAGAUCCUGUCACUCUCCGGGUCGUUUCUCCCGGCGCCGGCGCAAGCGCCGGCACCGGGGCUGACCGUGUACCUCGGGGGCGGGCAGGGGCAGGUGCUCGGGGGUAGCGUGGUCGGGGAGCUGCUGGCCGCGGGGCCCGUCAUCAUAAUAGCCGCCUCGUUCGGGAACGCCGCGUACGAGCGGCUGCCGCUGGAGGAGGACAGCGGCGGCCGUCAACCGUCGCCGGAGAUGAUGGGCGACCCGUCUAAUUUAUCCCAAGGGAUGCUGCCGGAUCCUUUUAACAGUUCUAAAAUGUCAAACGAGGCGUUUUGGGCCACCGACAGGCCACCGUUCUAG